UCUUCCGGGGCGGGGCCAGCAGCGGGAGAUGGCGCCGGGCGAGGCGCAGUGCGGGUCUGGGGCUGUGUCUCGGGGUAGUGCUGGGCCUCAGGCGGCCGCCGCCAGGAAGCAGUGUGCCUCCGCCCGCAGGAAGGCGUUCUCCCUGUUCGUCAAGGCGAAGGAGGUGCCGGCCGCCUACCCGGGCGGCGGGGCGGCCGUGUGGUGGAGGUGCUGCCGGCAGACGUUCCGCGAGCGCCGCGGCAUCCACCGGCACGUUGGUACGCAGCACGGCAGAGACGUCGAGCAGCAGGCGACCGGGCUCGGGCUUGCUGGCAGGGUGGUGUCCGCUGAGGGAGCGGGAGGACAGGCCUGCAGAGAGCUCUGCGAGGCGCUCCCCGACACCAGCGGUCUCCGUAGUGAGGAGCUGACCAGCAAGGUGGGAGAAGUACUUCUGUAUUACUGCUACUGUGAGGUGAAGGAUCCAGAGAAACUCUGUGCUUGGCAAAAGGCUCUGUGCCAGCAUCUGCAUCUCACUGGCAAGGUACGAGUUGCUUCAGAAGGAAUUAAUGGAACAGUUGGUGGAAGCAAAGUAGCUACCAACCUCUACAUUGAAGUUAUGCUUGCUCAGCCUCUGUUCAAAGACAUUUUGUGUCGAGACGAUUUCAAGAGUAGUGCAGGAGGAGCUCACUGUUUUCCGGAUCUUCGAGUUGGAGUAUUCAAAGAAAUUGUACCACUGGGCAUUGAUCCAAAAGAAGUCUCUUAUAAAGAAACUGGAAUCCAUUUAACCCCUCAGGAAUUUCACAGAGAAGUAGAACAUUUUCUGUCUCAGUCCAGUCAAGGACAAAGCGAUACCAUCUUGCUGGACUGCAGGAACUUCUAUGAAAGUAAAAUAGGACACUUCCAGGGCUGUCUGGCUCCAGAUAUCAGGAAGUUCAGCUAUUUUCCCAGCUAUGUUGAUGAAAACCUGACGCUGUUUAAAAACAAGCGUGUCCUGAUGUACUGCACAGGAGGCAUUCGUUGUGAAAGAGGCUCUGCUUACCUGCGGAGCAAGGCAGUGUGCAAAGAGGUCUACCAGCUAAAAGGUGGAAUUCACAAGUACUUGGAGGAAUUUCCAGAUGGAUUCUACAGAGGGAAGCUGUUUGUAUUUGAUGAUCGUUAUGCCAUUUCUUCCAAUGAAGAUGUCAUCUCAGCAUGCAGAUACUGUGGGACGCUGUGGGACCAGUAUAAACUUUGUUCCAGCCAGCACUGCCGGCAGCUCGUCCUGACAUGUCUGAGUUGUCGCAAGAAAGGUCUUACAGCUUGCUGUCCUGUUUGUCAAGAGAAAGAGCUUCAGGUGACCUCAGGGGCUUCAGGACAGGCACUGAAGGAGGAAUGUGAAUGUACACAGAGACGGCCAAGGGUGCCCAUUGAACAUAUCUCACAAGGGACACGGGACACAGGGAAAGAUUAAGCUGUUUCAUUAGCUGAUCUGACACUCAUGCUAAUUUGAAGGGCUUCUAAAGCCAAAUCCCUAUCUGUUACUCAAAUGGAUUAAGAAAUCUCAAAAGUUUGUUGGCUUGGAAAGUCUUGUUUAUAACCCACUUUAAUAUCCUGAAAAAAUGUGCAUUACGUAAACAUAUAUACUGGAGUGUACAAUCUAUCACUAGUGCUACAGGAUUCCUCUCUCUGCAUAGUCUUGUAGCCAGGCCUCUACCAUGGGGAUUUUGAAGCAGAGAUUGUGUGAUGGGACACAGCUGCUCACAAUUUGAAAGAAACUGAAAAGACAAAAAAAAAAUCCACUGUUCUUCUUCCAUGAACAUGGAUCUUUCUGACCUCUCCAUUAAUUAUGUGUUUGCUGUGAUAGAUAAUGCUAGCAUCAUGAAGACUGCAGAUUUAUGAGUAUCUGGCUAAAUCACCAGAUUAGAGUUGAGGGUAUUUUUCACAUACAUACCAUCUGCAUGCACCUCUUGCUUUAUAGUGGUGAGAAGGGGUAGUUACAUGAAGUCACAGAUCUAACACCAGUGUAAAAGCUUGAAGGCAGAGUAAGGACCCCCGUCACCACUGCAGCAGAGGCUGGGGAUGUGCAUUGCACACAGGUACUGUCUGCCCGGCUGUACUUGCUUAUGAUCUGUGGGAUGGCCAGCAGAAGUGAUUCUCAUUCUGAUGCUUUUGUCUGCUGUUUUUUCUCCCAGCUUGUUAGUACAUGAAAUAUCCAGGACUCAGCUCUGCUUGCACUAGGAAAAAAUGACAGCUUGAAGCAUUUUGGUACUGAGACACAAAGAGAGGGAAGGACAGAGACUGUCACAGUACCAGUUAUGAUAAUGGAACUGAUGGUGGUGUGUGUAAAUGUCUGAAACAGCAAUUAGAGAUUCUUUACCCACGUUAAAUAAUUCAAGAUGUUGGGAGCAUUUGUGCUUUGCAAAUACAGGUUGAGUUUUGGUAUCACAGAAAAAGAAUGGCUUUUGGGUUGAAGAGACUUCAAGCCCCUUUCCUUGUCUUUCUUGUGCUGGUGACCGCAGGCCUGGAUGCAUUACUCCAGAUGGGGCCUCAUGAGGGCAGAGUAGAGGGGAACAGUAACCUCCCUUGCUCUGCUGGCCACUCCUCUUUUGAUGCAGCCCAGGAAACAGUUGGCUUUCUGGGCUGGGUUGGAAUUAAAUAAUUUUCGAGAUCCCUUCCAACCCAAGCCAUUCUGUGAUCGUUGUGGUCCACACUGUCUCCAGUUUUAGCCUCUUUAGUGAGCUCUUCUGCAUCAGUGAGGACCAGGUCCAGGAAUACUUCACCCACUGUUGGUCUAUCUGAUAUCUGGACCAGAAGUUAUCCUGAGUGUACUUAGGUGUCUCCUGCUCCUUGCUUACAGCCUGCCAUGUUGCUUUCAUGCAAACAUGGGUGGCCGAGGUUCCUCCAUCAGGGUAAGAGCCUGAGAGUGUGAUUCUUCUUGUAGAUGGAGCAAGAGGGUCUCAUCAACAGGCUCCCCUUGAUCAGGGGCCUGUAGAAGACACCAACCACCAGAUGCCCUUUAUUGGUCUGGUCUCAAAUUUUACCCCACAAGCUCUCAACCUGCUUGUGGUUGUUUUUCGGAGGCAGCUCUUUGCCAUCUAUCCAUUUCUUAACAUAGAGGGCUACUCCCUCACCCCACCUCCCCUGCUUAUCUUCUAAAAAGCUUGUAGCCCUGAAUUUUAGUGUUCCGCUUGGGUGAUUUGUCUCGCCACAUUUCUGUGAUAGCAGUUAGCCCAUGGUUGUCUAAUUGCACCGUGGCUUCCAUCUCCUCCUGCUUAUUUCUCGGGCUGUGAGCAUUGGUGUGUAUAUACUUCAGCUGGGCUGUCAGCUGUGUUACCUUCUUCGAGGUUUUGUCCCACAUUCCUCUGGCACAAAUCUGAGGGGCUAAUUAUCAGCUCUCUCAUGCCACAGGUUGAACACACUUGAUCUGUACUUUCUUGCUUUUGGUCCUUUUGUGCAAGGUCAGCAUGUGGAAUUAACCUCUGCAAGGCUUGUAGAAUUCUGUCCAGUGUAUUUCUGAGAAGUGGCUUAAUAACGCGUAAUGGUACUUGUCCAGGUGAAGCCACCGCUCUCUGUGAUGCUGGAACAAUCUUCUGCAUAGCCCUAAGAAAAUCUUCUAUUUUAAUACACUUCUUUAAUACUCUCUCCGAGGAGAGCAUCAGCGAAGGGCACACAGGGUGGAUUCAGCACGCAGACACAUGAGCACCACAGGAUCCAACACUUACGUCAGCUAGCUCAUCAAGAAAAGUGCCCAGCUGUGGAUGUGAAUCUUGAAAACUUCCUUCUAGCCUCUCUAUCUGGCAGGAGUAGAACUCCAGAUCAAAGCGUCCAGGUCUUCGUAAAGCAGGAGUUCUGCAAUCUAGUCUGUUGGUGCCUCUGUUUACUGCAAUCUCCCUUCUGCUGUAUAAGCUACACAUAAGUGCCAGAAGUGUUAAUAAAAUGGAACUAUGAAUUUGAUCUUGCUUAUUGGACUGGACAGGAGCAAGAUCAUCUGUCUCAUCAAAGAAAAUAAUUGAAGGUCUCAUCCGAGAGGCCUAUCAAAUAGUAAAGCUGUUGUUCGGAUUCUCCCACCCAUUUACUCUCUUUUCAUAAAAAAGACUAUUCUCUUGUCACCUUGGCUACACUCAUUAGUGCCAGUAGAAGUCUUCAGCAGAAGCUGAAGCACAAGCCAUGGUCCCCACAUAUUUUAUCCCGCAAAGCUUUGCUGUCCAGUUUACUUCUGGUGAAGACUGGAACAUUGGUGGAAAAAUAUGCAAGUUCUACUUGCAGGACUGAUCUAGAGCCAUGGUGGAAACAGUACUGUGUGCUCAACUUGCACACAACACUAUUUCUUUUUGUCAAGUAUUAACUUAAAAAGGACAUUUUAUAACAGUCUAUCUGCAAAUCUGGAACAGCGUAAUCCAUUUGAAAGGUUAUUUCUGUGUCACUUCUCAGUGCAGAAUUGGGCAGGGAAGACUAUAUUUUAUAUGUAAUCCUCGGAAACUGCUAUAAUGAUAAAUAACCUUUAGUGCUUCCAUCAUAGUUUUUAAAGUACUGCACAAAUACACUUCAUUUGUAUCUUGUUGGUGCUUAAGUUUGUAGCAGUAAAUGCUGAAACCCAGUUAGCCGUUUGCCAUAUGGCAGACCUGGCUACCAGGUACAAUUUCCUGAGAGCUGGCAGCUGGAGUUCCUACCUACCUCAAAGUCACAGGGCCUCUUCUGGUCCUUGCUACACUAAAUCAAUAGUGGAAAAGGGUUUGAGAUGUACAGAAGUUCCCUCUGCUGCAGAGAGGUGAGGGGAAGGGUAAGAUGAAUGCUUAGUCCCACAAGCAGCCUCUUUAUCCUGUUUACUAGGUUGCUUUUCUGAGAUUUACACAGGUAAGGACUUGCAAAAUGCAAAAUGUGAAUUGCUGUGUGCUGGGGUCCAGGCACCUCGGUGGUAAUGCCUUAGAGAAGGCACGUCAGCUCCAGGGUAGGUGAGUUAAGCAGCAUUGGCUGUGACUGCCAGGUGCUGCAGUCACCCAGUGACUUUCUUCCCCUUUUCCUGAAGAGCUGCUGAGAUGAAGCAGUGAUCCACUUGCUCCUAAAUAACACAGUUUUGUAACUCCACUGCUGCAAGGCUCCAUGCCUUUCACCACAAAGCCUGGUGCUCCUUGGCACAGCCACACCUCUGCUGCACAGCACUUAGCUCACUUGCAUUCUCCGACCUGUGUGUUUGGGAAAGCAGUUCCAUGGGCAAGACCAGCUGAGUUAGCAGGGCUGGUCCCGUCAGCCUAUGGUUGGACUACGUGGUUAAUGUGGAUGCUACCACAGCAAAACAGGAAAAGAUGUUUCUGAAAGGGCUUUUGUUGCUGAAGACUAAAUGCUGCUGUCACAUCCAUGACAGUGCUCCCUGCAUCUACUCGCAUGUCUGGGUCCCUGGGCUCCAUCGGGAUUUCCCAGGGUAAGGUGUGUUUAUGCUCUUCUAAAGUCACUGGGGCUGCUGAGCCCAUACCAUGUAAAUCUGAGUAUACAGCAGAAAGUAUUUUCACUGUUUCUGUCAUGUGUGGUUGCUUUGGAUCAGUUGCUCUUGAUAACAGUAAGAGACUUCUUUCAUCACCUAGAAUUCUUUGCAAUCCUUGCAAUAAAUAUGCAAACAUAUUUAUUGUUCCUAAAUGCUUUGAGACACUGGAUAAGUUGUUGAUACUUCUUAGCAAUAUUUUCUUGCUGUUUCUUGUCCAGAAGCCUUUCCAAGGCAUCCAACAGGAGUCCAAGGCCUUUGUGUCCAAAAUGGUUAAUCCAGCUAACUGGGUAGCUGGUUAAAGACACUCUCAAGGGCUCAAGACAGGUAAGAAGCUUUUCCUCAGCAAUUCCAGAUGGCAAUUCAUGAAUGUUCUCUUGUGAGGACAGGGUGCAUUCAUGUUUGCUGUUUUUCAGUCCACCAGAUUUGGCAGUUGCAGAAAUGUACUUGUCAACCAUCUCACGUUUUGUGGGCAAAUCCUUGUCUCUUAAAGGAGCUUUAUGGUCUUCAUUUAGAUUCAUGUCUCCCAACAUUUUCUCUAAGAGGUCCAUAACUUCUUUUUCUGAUAAGUAAGCUCAUGCAGUGUUCAUCAACGAGUGCCUGGCAAGUGGAAUUUCACUUAUAGCAGGCUGAGGGUCAGCAGAAUGCUGAAUUAGAGGUUCCUCUUCUCCCAGUGCUGAUUUUCUGAAGCAUGUUACUCUGUCGUGCAGCUGAGACCUGUUCUGGGUCUCCUCUUCUGAGGAGCACCUGCUCCAUUUCGUGCUCAUCACUGCCCAGAGAGGCUGUGGGUGCCCUAUCCCUGCAGGUGUUCAGGGCUGGAUUGGAUGGGGCCUGGGCAGCCUGGUCUAGUAUUAGAUGUGGAAGUUGGUGGCCCUGCCUGCAGCAGGGGGGUUGGAGCUUGAUGAUCCUUGGGGUCCUUCCAACCCAAGCCAUUCUAUGAUCUCAGUAGAUGGCUCAAUGGAAACUGUGGCUCUGGUUUGAUGAAUUAGUUGAAGUGUUUGCAGCACAUAUGGUAGAAAGAAGUUUUCUGCCAGUUUCUUUUUUUUAUUGUUUAAUAUCUUCAAGCCAUUUUCUUAUGUGUUAUUUUCAUUUUAUGAAAUUGGAACUUGCAGGCCUGGGGGGAGGGAGGAAGAAGCUAUCGGAACGCAUUUUAUUUGGCACUGCUGGCACAUUUAUUAAGCUUUGAAGAGCAACAAAUAUGUUCCCCGCAUUGAUUGAAGUACAGUGUUUCUCUGCUCUGCUGGCCAGAGCCAAAGUGCGUGGUAUUUGUGCACAAGCUCUGUAGAAAUCUGUGGGGCUUUUGCUGGAUUAUGUGCAAGAGGCUGCAGAACUACUUCUAACACAUGUGUACAGACAGAUUAUUGUCAGUGAGAGUGCUUGCUAGGAUAUAUUGUCGUCAGACCAAGAGUAAGGCUUUUGUACAGCAGCACUUCUGCCUGGUAGGUCCUCCUAUCAAUCAGUAUCUUAGCCACAUUAGCAGCAGGGAUGUUGGAUGGGAUUGUCCUGGGUCCAAUCCACUGCAUGUCUGAGAGGUAUGCAUCUCCAGGGGGAAUUACUCCUCUGGGAACGACAAAAAGUUUUCAGACUGUGUCCAGUCUUAAGUUUAGAGUCAGGAUAUUUAUGUUAGCAGCUUUUUGAGGACACAGUGUUUAGCGUUGCAUUUAUGCCUAUGCAUAUGUUAGGGAUGGCAUUAAGCAAAACAAUCUGCAGCAUAACAAAAUUUAAUGGAUGGGGUCAUCUUGACAAAGCAGCAAAGAAAGGGGAUUUGACUUGUUUCCAGUGAGAAUCUGGACGUGCACUUUUAAUGUCAUGAAACUGUGGGGAUCAGAAGAGAGGACUCUCAUUUACUGAUUAGUUGGGCUAUUUCAGUCCAAACUUGGGAUUUGCAUCAGAUCCCUAGAAGUGAUGUUUUUAUUCAGACACACAUAGGGUAGAAUGAUGCUAACCCAUUCUCCAGCGCUCAGUUUUUGAGACUCUUAUUUCACAAUUGGUGGCCUUAAGUUCAACUUAACUGCGUGGCUAUGGGUGAGGAUCAAUCUUUUCUAAGAAACAUGGGGAUUCAUUGGAAAAACAGCACAUCUAACUUACUGACUCAGCAAAUGUUGGUAAAAAAAAAAAGUACACUUUGCCAUUCUCCAAUUUAGCUAUCUUUCUGAAUAGUAGAAGUGCUUGUUAAACUAGUUGCUCCUCUAUAGUUACUUGAGAUCAUUUUGGAAAAAAAUAAAGUAUUUUUCUAAUACUUGUG